AUGGAAAGGACAAACCUGAGCCAAGAGAUGGAGUUUGAACUCUUGGGCCUCACCAGUGACCCCCAGCUUCAAAGGCUACUCUUUGUGGUAUUCCUGGCCAUGUACUCCAUCACUGUGUUGGGGAACCUGAUCAUGUUCUGGCUAAUCCAUGUGAGUGUCACUCUGCACACACCCAUGUACUCCCUCCUCAAGAGCCUUUCCUUCCUGGAUUUCUGCUACUCUUCUACGGUGGUCCCCCAGACCCUGAUGAACUUCUUGGCUAAGAGAAAGGUAAUCUCUUACCUUGGCUGCAUGGCUCAGAUGUUCUUCUACGCGGGUUUCGCCACUAGUGAGUGCUAUCUCAUUGCUGCAAUGGCCUAUGAUCGAUAUGUGGCUGUUUGUAAUCCUCUGCUCUACCCAACCAUCAUGUCUCCUAACGUCUGUGCCUCUCUGAUUGUGGGCUCCUACAGCGCAGGAUUUCUUAAUUCUCUCAUCCAUACAAGCUGUAUCUUCAGUCUCAACUUCUGUGGUGCUCACGUGGUCACUCAUUUCUUCUGUGAUGGACCACCCAUCCUGUCCCUGUCCUGUGUAGACACUUCACUGUGUGAGAUUUUGCUCUUCAUUUUUGCCGGUUUCAACCUUCUGAGCUGCACUCUCACCAUCUUGAUCUCCUACUUCUUAAUCCUCAUCACCGUCCUACAAAUGAACUCAAGCCAGGGCAGGUUCAAGGCGUUUUCCACCUGCUCGUCCCACCUCACUGCUGUGUGCUUCUUUUUUGGCACAACACUUUUUAUGUACCUGCGUCCAAAGUCCAGCUACUCCCUGACCCAGGACCGUACGGUUGCUGUCAUCUACACAGUGGUGAUCCCAAUGUUGAAUCCUUUAAUCUACUCUUUGAGAAACAAGGAUGUGAAGGAAGCCUUAAGGAAGGUUUGGGGCUGGAGAUCAAUAGAAUGA